AAACAAAUAAAUUAAUCGCCAUUGAUCCACUCUCAUAAGCUUACUCUUUCUCUCUCUUUCUCUAUAGGCCUCUGAAAAAUUGUCGCCAUUGAUUUAAAAAAUCUCUUCACCUUAUCCAAAGGCCGGCAUUUCUUGGUUUAUUGCUGAAAAGUUAUGGAUUCUACACAGACACAGCAGAGAAGAGGAGGUUUGGUGUCAUUAUCACCAUCACAGACCCCGCGUUCAAGUGAUAAAUCUGCGCGAGAUCUCCGAUCUAACGAUUCCACUUCGAGUAAAAAUGAUAAAGAUAAAGGUGUAAAUGUGCAGGUCAUUGUGCGUUGCAGGCCUUUGAAUGAGGAUGAAAUGAGGGUACACACACCCGUGGUAAUUUCUUGUCACGAGAAUAGACGAGAAGUUUCUGCUGUCCAGAUUAUUGCGAACAAGCAGAUUGAUAGAGCUUUUCUGUUUGACAAGGUCUUUGGCCCAACGUCCCAGCAAAAGGACUUGUAUGAUGUGGCUGUAUCACCUAUUGUAUAUGAAGUUCUUGAGGGGUAUAACUGCACUAUCUUUGCCUACGGUCAGACUGGAACUGGGAAAACAUACACAAUGGAAGGAGGGGCAAGGAAGAAGAAUGGGGAAUUUCCAAGUGAUGCAGGAGUUAUCCCAAGAGCUGUUAAACAAAUCUUUGACAUACUAGAGGCUCAGAGUGCCGAGUAUAGCAUGAAAGUUACAUUUCUAGAGCUGUAUAAUGAAGAGAUAUCUGAUCUUUUGGCCUUGGAGGAAACUUCAAAAUUUAUGGAUGAUAAAUCUAAAAAACCUAUAGCUCUUAUGGAAGAUGGAAAAGGUGGCGUUUUUGUUAGAGGCUUGGAAGAAGAGAUUGUGACUACUGCUAAUGAAAUUUACAAAAUCUUAGAAAAAGGUUCGGCAAAAAGGCGUACUGCAGAGACCCUUCUCAACAAACAAAGUAGUCGUUCUCAUUCGAUAUUUUCAAUUACAAUUCACAUAAAGGAGUGUACUCCAGAGGGUGAAGAGAUGAUCAAGUGUGGAAAGCUUAAUCUUGUUGACCUAGCUGGUUCUGAAAAUAUUUCGCGUUCUGGUGCAAGAGAGGGCAGGGCAAGGGAAGCAGGGGAGAUAAAUAAAAGCUUGCUCACACUUGGUCGUGUUAUAAAUGCUCUUGUUGAGCACUCUGGCCAUGUCCCUUACAGGGAUAGUAAACUAACAAGAUUAUUGAGAGAUUCAUUGGGAGGUAAAACAAAGACAUGCAUCAUUGCUACAAUAUCACCUUCCAUCCAUUCCUUGGAGGAAACUCUCAGCACUCUAGAUUAUGCACACCGUGCCAAAAACAUCAAGAACAAACCAGAGAUUAAUCAGAAGAUGAUGAAAUCUGCAAUGAUCAAGGAUCUGUACUCUGAAAUUGACCGGCUGAAACAAGAGGUCUAUGCUGCUAGAGAGAAAAACGGUAUCUACAUACCAAGAGAUCGUUAUCUUCAGGAAGAAGCUGAGAAGAAGGCAAUGGCCGAAAAAAUAGAGCGCAUGGAACUUGUAUCAGAAUCUAAGGACAAGCAAGUAAUGGAGCUCCAGGAACUCUACAAUUCUCAGCAACUUUUGACUGCAGAGCUAAGUGAGAAGCUUGGUAUAACUGAGAAAAAACUCGAGGAAACCGAACAUACAUUGUCUGAUCUUGAAGAAAAGCACAGGCAGGCCAAUGCAACAAUUAAAGAAAAAGAAUUUCUGAUAUCCAAUCUUCUCAAGUCUGAAAAAGCACUUGUUGAGCGUGCAUUUGAGCUUCGUGCAGAACUGGAAAAUGCUGCGUCAGAUGUGUCCAAUUUAUUUUCCAAAAUUGAGCGGAAGGAUAAAAUCGAAGAAGGGAAUAGAGUACUUAUUCAAAAAUUCCAAUCCCAAUUAACCCAGCAGCUUGAAAUCUUGCACAAGACAGUUGCUGCAUCUGUGACUCAACAAGAGCAGCAACUCAGAGAUAUGGAGGAAGACAUGCAGUCAUUUGUAUCUACCAAGGCUGAGGCUACUGGAGAACUUCGAGGAAGGUUAGGAAAAUUAAAGGCUAUGUGUGGUUCUGGAAUCAAAGCCUUGGAUGGUAUAGCUGGGGAACUUGAUGAGAAUUCUCAGUUGACUUUUGGUGAUAUAAAUUCUGAAGUUUCUAAACAUUCACAUGCGCUUGAAGAUCUCUUCAAGGGAAUUGCUUCAGAAGCUGAUGCGUUACUGAAUGAUCUUCAAAGUGGUCUUCACAAUCAAGAGGAGAAGCUAACUGCAUUUGCACAACAACAGCGUGAGGCUCAUUCCAGAGCUGUGGAAAAUGCAAGAUCAGUUUCUACAAUAACAGUCAACUUUUUUAAGACCCUAGACAUGCAUGCCUCCAAUCUAACUCAAAUUGUGGAGGAAACACAAACAGUCAAUGAUCAGAAGCUGUCUGAAUUUGAAAAGAAGUUUGAGGAAUGUGCUGCCAAUGAAGAAAGGCAAUUGUUGGAAAAGGUUGCAGAGCUGCUUGCCAGUUCAAAUGCUAGGAAGAAACAGCUGGUCAAAAUGACAGUGCAUGAUCUCCAGAGACAUGCAUCUAGCAGAACCAACCAUCUACAGAAAGAAAUGUCAACCAUGCAAGAUUCCACAUGUUCCAUUAAAGCAGAGUGGAAACUGCAUAUGGAAAAAACAGAAAUGCACUAUCUUGAGGAUACUUCUGCCGUAGAAAGUGGAAAGACAGACCUGGAAGGGGUUCUUCAAAACUGUUUGAGGAAGGUUUCAAUGGGUGCACAACAGUGGCAAAAAGCUCAAGAAUCCUUGCUCAGUCUGGAAAAGAGUAAUGUUGCUUCUGUAGAUUCCAUUGUUAGAGGAGGGAUGGAAGCCAAUCAGAAUUUACGUGGUCGCUUCUCUUCUGCUGUGUCAACUGCUCUUGAAGAUGUGGAUCUUGCAAACAACAAUCUGCUUACAUCCAUUGACCAUUCAUUGCAACUUGACCAAGAUGCAAGUGCAAAUCUCAAUUCCAUGAUUGUUCCUUGUUGUGGGGAUUUGAGAGAAUUAAAGGGCGGUCACUACCACAAGAUUGUAGAAAUUACAGAAAAUGCCGGAAAAUGUCUUUUGGCUGAAUACAUGGUGGACGAAUCAUCUUGUUCAACACCGAAAAAGAGGUCAAUCAAUCUUCCAAGCAUUGCAUCAAUUGAGGAACUGAGAACUCCCGCAUUUGAGGAACUGUUGAAGUCAUUCUGGGAUGCAAAAUCUGCAAAGCAAGCGAAUGGGGAUAUAAAACACAUAGUAGGGGCGGCAUAUGAAGCAGCCCAGUCGUUAAGGGACCCAAGAGUUCCUCUCACUGCUAUUAACUAAAGUGAAUGAGGAACACAGGAAGACGAUUGAGUACAGUGGUAAGAGUGUGUACAGAAUAUAUAUGGGUAUUGGGUGGAGUGGCCAAUCUUAUUCAUUAAUUGUUUGCUUUAGGAAAUAUAUAAUAGAUGUCCCACUGUCCUUUAUGGGGUUAAAUUUUUUUUUUAUGGUUAUCUGAAACACUCUCCUAAUAACAAUGGCCAUUGAUAAGAAUUAUUUAAAGUGCUUUGUAUUUGUUUUAAA